ACUUUUUGAGAUAAAGUCAAAAGGUUUAGCAAUGGCCACAUCUUCCACUCUCACACCAAUCCCUGCUUCUCCUUUCCUCACCGGAAACACGCGCUGCCAUUACCGCCGCCUUUUCACGCCUCUUCCACCUCAACUAUCCUUCAAUGCCGCCACCCCAAUCCUCCGACGGCGAUCGAAAACCACCAUCAGUGCCAAGCUCGGGGAGAAGAAUAAAGGUUUGGAGUACAGAAGAGUUGGGGAUUCAGAUCUUGAAAUCAGCGAAAUCACACUCGGAACAAUGACAUUUGGAGAGCAGAACACAGAGAAAGAAGCUCACGAUAUGCUAAGUUACGCAUUUGAGCGUGGGAUCAAUGCCCUGGACACUGCCGAAGCUUACCCAAUUCCAAUGAAGAAGGAGACACAAGGAAGAACUGAUGUCUUUAUUAGUAGCUGGCUUAAGUCUCAACCCCGUGAUAAGGUUGUUGUUGCAACAAAAGUAUGUGGCUAUUCAGAGAGGUCAGCUUAUAUAAGAGAGAAUGCCAAGGUUUUGCGGGUUGAUUCUGCUAAUAUUAAAGAAAGUGUAGAGAAAAGUCUUAAACGUCUCAAUACAGACUACAUUGAUUUACUGCAAAUUCAUUGGCCAGACCGGUAUGUGCCAUUGUUUGGUGAAUUUUUCUAUGAUCCUUCAAAAUGGAGGGAGAGUGUGCCUUUUGUGGAGCAACUGAGGGCUUUCCAAGAACUUAUAGAUGAAGGAAAGGUACGUUAUAUUGGUGUUUCUAAUGAGACUUCCUACGGUGUGAUGGAGUUUGUACAUGCGGCUAAGGUCGAAGGGCUACCAAAGAUAGUUAGCAUCCAGAACAAUUACAGUCUGCUUGUUAGAUGUCAUUUUGAGAUGGAUCUCGUUGAAGUAUGCCACCCGAAAAACCACAACAUUGGUUUGCUAGCUUAUUCUCCACUAGGUGGUGGCACACUAUCUGGAAAGUACAUAGAUGCCAAUUCUGAAGCUGCACUGAAAGGAAGAUUGAACCUCUUUCCUGGCUACAUGGAAAGAUAUAACAAAUCUAUUACCAGGGAAGUUACAAUAAAAUACAUGGAGUUAGCAAAGAAGAACGGCUUAACACCAGUUGAGCUUGCUCUUGGAUUUGCACGAGACCGACCGUUCAUGACGAGUAACAUCAUCGGUGCAACCUCUGUGGAACAACUAAAGGAAAACAUUGAUGCUUUCUUGACAACGGAACGGCCGUUGCCUGCAGAAGUGAUGACAGAGAUUGAAGAUAUCUUCAAGAAGCACAAAGAUCCUCCUCUUUGAAACAUUUCUAAUUAGUCAUUAAAGUUUGUGUUAGUGUAUUUCUAACCCAAUUCUUGUAUGCAGUUUCAUUUAUGUUUUUUUUUUAAUUAUUUGUUUUACAAAAGUUUCAUUUAAGUUUUAAUUACAUUAAUGUAAUAAUGCAAAAGCUGUUCACCAAUUUUUUCAUAUAUACAUUGAACAAACAAACCACCAAUUGUGUAUUUUUUUUU